CAGAAUUAGAGACAAAACCAAGAGGAGGAAACCUUUGCAACCCUUCCUCCCAGAAGAAUGUAUUUUUUGGUGAUCCUGGCUUUUCUAGGACGAAUUACUGGUGAGACUUUCUUUCAUCAUUAUGAAAAUGGAAAUUUCACACUUACGUGCAAUGGAACAGUGGCUAAUGGGAAGAAGGAAACAGUUUGGUAUGAAGCUGAAGAAUUUCUGCAACAAUUCCAAGUAAUCAGCUGCAGUAAUCAACAGCCCAAAAUAAUCAAUGGACCAAACAAAUGCUCUGAUAAAACAAAGUGUACAAACCGACUAUCAACUUCUGCUUCCAAAGGUGGUGGGGUAUUUGCAUGUGAGCAAUUUACAAAUACUGGAACAUCACAGACUUGCCCACUUUUUACCAAUGUGACUCACUGCAGACAUUAUAACUUUUUUAUUGUGGUGAUUAUAAACCUGACUGCAGAUAAGGAGACAUUUGAGACCAUUCCAGCAAAAUCACACGAUAAUCAUUUAGUAGAAGAAGAAAGUAACAUCACUCUCUCUUGUGAAUUUCAAAUGAAGCAAUCAGGACAAACAUUUGUUAUAUAUUGGAUCAAAUAUACAGAAACAAGCAAAUGCCUGUUUUCUGUUGAGAGAGAGCUAUAUACUUUCUCGUAUAAUACACAUUGCUGUAUUGAUGAGAUGAUCAAAGGACGACUAUUGAACUAUACAAGCUUAUAUUCAGAUGGGAAACAUGUAGUCCAUAAUAUAACUAUCUUGAAGGUUACUGACUCUGACAGUGGAACUUAUUUAUGUGUUGUAAAUACUGGGUCAGGAGGAAAACAUGUGUGGAAGAUUGCAAAUAACCUUUCAAUAGAAGUGAGGAAUCAAACCAUUUCAUAUAAGGAGACAUUUGAGACCAUUCCGGCAAAAUCACCUGCCUCUGCUUCCGUGCCAUUGUAUGUCACCACUGGAUUGAUCAUAGGGAUUAUUAUCAUCAGUGGGAUAGCAUGGCUGAUCUAUAAAGAGAAAAUCAAAUCAGAAGGAAAGCCAUCUGCACAACUUCACAGAACUCAGGCUGCUCUUGAAAUUUCUGGAGAUGAAUGUUCCCCGUAUGCAGUGAGCAGCAGUAAAGACUUUCAAAGAAAUGAAGAGUUGUAUUCACUUGCAAUGAGCUCAGAUGAGGUCCCAAAUUGUACAGUGGAUAACACUGCAGCAUCUGGCAAGAGGCCAGGAGAUGAAAUACAUACAGUCUAUGAAGUGGUGCCACAAUAGCUGUUCCUGAGCUGGAGAAUGGAAGUCGGUUUGAAAAUGACUAUCAACUUUUGGCAUAGUAGCCUUGACUACCCAGUUUUCACUAUUCAAUGAUCUAUCUUACAAAAUAUUAUGAGGCAGAUCCUCUGCUGAUAUAAAUUCUCAUAGCUCCAUUAUGAAGUUAUGACAGUUUGCACCAGAGGAACAUAGGAAUUGUCAGACUCAGACCAUUGGUUCAUUUCAUUCAGAAUCCUGUCUCCGGCAGUGGCCUUCACCAGAUGUGUCAGAAGUAGAUGCAAGAAUCCCCAUAAUGGACAAUUAUGGCACAACUUGCUCACAGGGGAAGUUUCUUCUCAACACCUAUCAGCUACAUAGAUCUUAUCCUAUCUAAUGUAUGAAAAUCUUUAUAAAUGAACGAUUGCUUUAGGAACAAAGAUCUUUAUUUGCCUCCAGUUUUACACUGGUGUAAUUCUGUUGGCUCCAUUGGAGAUACUCCUGCUUUACAUUGGUGUAAGUGAGAGGAGGAUCAGACACUUACACACUCAGGUGUGAUUACUAGAACAGGCAGAAUUAAUUAAGGACACUAUUAGCUCCUACCAUAAGUUUUUCUUCUUUAAAACAGGCACAUUGGAUAUAAUGUUGUGAAAGGAGACUGGGGUCCUUUAUGUAUCCCCAGAAAAGGUGCAGCACAAACCAUGUUCCAGGAAUUAGAGCCAGCAGCAGGGCCACUCUCCUAGUAACCUAACAAAAACAGCUGGCCUAUAGUUGGCUGCCUGAUUGACUACACCCCCUGAUUGGUUUGAAGUGUCAGUAGCCCAGCACUUAAGCCCAGCAGCAGUUCCGUAUCUUCAAAUCAUGUACUCAUGGCUGAGCUAGCUCCUGUGUGUGCUUGUUCUAGCCCUGCCGCACUUCCACUAGGCAUGACUGCCCAUGUCCUGGCCACUGACCCCAUGCCAGUGCCAGUGUCCUCACAUAAGCCUUUUUAGUCAUCACAAAGGUGAGAGGAACCUCUGCUGGGAUGAGAGGAUAGGUGUAUCUCUGUGCAUAUUUAAAUCUUCAGUCCACUGGAAUUUCCAUAUUCUCCAUUUACUUUCCCCUGCCAGCCUCAAAAGCUUGACACUGAGUGAAGUGAUCCUCUUUCAAGAGUCUGUUGGCUCCAUUCUGGAUGAUCAGAUGGGAUGUCUUUGCAGGGGUGCUGGAACAAUUUGUAUAGUGGGGGUGCUGAGAGCCAUUGAACCAAACUGUAAACCCUGUAUAUAAUGGAAACUACUACUCCUUCAAGCCAGGGGUGUGGCAGCACCCCGUGCAUCUCUAGUUCCAGCACCUAUGUGUCUUUGUAGUGUUCCCAUCCCUUGCUGGUCUGGGUAGGGUGACCAGAUAGCAAGUGUGAAAAAUUGGGACACUUUAUUUUUUGGGGGAGUGGCCUAUAGUUGCCUGUAUAAGAAAAAUCCCCUAAUAUCGAGCUGUCUAGUUACCCUAGGCAUGGGGAACUUGGGGCCUGAACUUGGACACUGUGGUGCAUUGCAUAGCUACAAGCUCACCCAGAUGGCUUUGGUAGUGCGUUCUGGAAUAAAAUAGGCUGUGACCCACAAUUCUCAUGUUAGCCUAUUAAACAGGCUUUGGAUUUGUAAUGAUUUCAUCACUACCAAUGUGAGCUGGAUUAUUCUACACCAUGUUUGUGAAAACUAGUAUUUCCUUGUAUCCUACCUUUGUUUUCCUUUAUAUAAAGGGCACUACACAGGCUACUGAGCUAUAAAGGCCAUACACACCAAGGGAAUUUAAUGAUAUUGUGCUAACCACACGAGGGAAGGUUGAGUAGCUCUUGCUGUGAUAGGAACCCAGAAGUGUGUGUGUAUUUUUUAGCUUUAUUCACCAACUUCCUGUCUUGUGUUUUUACCUAGUUGAAGUAUAUGAACGGGAAUAUCAUGGCUUUCUAAAAAAAAUCAUAUAUAAAAUAUGUCUUCCCUUCUACAAUUUUAUUAAAAAAAAUCGGAAAGAAAGAAAACGAGGAAAUCUUUACAUGUUUUUCUAACUUCCAGUUUGCUUUUUAAACCACUGUUAAUAGUUUGUAUUUGGUGACAGGGUAAAUUGGUCAAAUAUCAUAGGCUGAAUUUAGUCCAAAUCCAAAUGGUUAAUACUAUAAAACAGUGGUCGGCAACCUGGGGCCCGUGGGCUGCACGCGGCCUGUCAGGGUAAUCUGCUGGCAGGCUGCAAGACAGUGUUUACGUUGAACGUCUGCAGGCCUGGCCGCCCCACAGCUCCCAGUGGCUGCAGUUCACCAUUCCCGGCCAAUGGGAGCUGUUGGAAGCGGCGUGGGCGGUCAUGCCUGCAGUCAGUCAAUGUAACCACUGUCUUGUGGCCCGCCAGUGGAUUACCCUGAUGUGCCACAGGUUGCCCCCCACUGCUAUAAAAGGUGACUGCUAUUUUUCUUGUGCUCAAAGAACUGUCGCUGAAGUUGGUAAAAGACUCCCUUUAACUGUAAUGGGAACUGGAUCAGACCCUAAAUGAAGACAGAUUGUAUUGCUUCGACGUCACAGCUUUGCAAUAAAGCUUUCUGAUCAAAUCAUAGCUACAAGAUAGGCAUUCAUUUUGCUAGCUGCCAUUGGGAUUUUUGCUAUGACUGUUAGGAAUAAUACAAUACAUUAAGUAGAAUAGAACAUGAUAUGCAUUUUUAUGCCUCUGAUUUUAAUUUCCAUAUUGUACCAUGUUUUUUGUGUGUGUUUAUUUUAGCCUUCGUAAAUGUGAUACCAGUGAAUUGCAAGAGGGUUUAUAAAAGCCAUGGAAUGGUUGUAGUAUGUAAUAUUACAAAUACAGCUUUGAAAAAAUUGCAAAUAAACUAGCUUAAAAGUAUUGAUGUUAAAGUGUUUCAAGUUGCUGACAGGUAAAUGUUAACUGAAUCCAGGGACAUAUUUGUUACUGUGGACAAUAUUAAUAUUCAUUCACUUCACAAGGGCUUGUGAGAGUUAAUCAAUUCAUCUUUUUACUAGGCUUUGGAUAUGUAAAGUCUAUAGCCUCAAUCCUGCUUAUACCUAAGCACAUGCUUAAAUUUAAGCAUUUUAGCUUCAUUGAAGGGAAAGGGACUAUUUACAAGGUGUGAAGUUCAGCAUAUUCUUAAGUGGUCACAGGAUUGGGUCUUAUGUAGGUGCAAGAUUAUUAUGAUGGAAAUAAAAGGGAAUGUAAGGCCCUACAAGAGCUCCUCACAAGCAGCAUAGCCCCACCAGUUACGCUGCAUCCUGGGCUGUGCAUGUCCAAGGAGGGGUGGG